AUGGCCAAGUUGCGAAAGCAAGGUCAACGAAGACACGCACUCAUUCACGAGCUCUUCCUUCUCCAACAAGGAGGUCCUCUUCUCCUGCCAGUUAGGGCCACCAAAGAAACUAUCCUUGGGCGGUUCUCAAUCCGUGGCAUCCGCCUGGGGCUCAAGUCCUUUGUUCCUCAGGUCCAGACAACGGCGGAACACUCGUUUUCGGCCUCACAAAGGGCAAGAAAGUCAGCAUCAACUCAACAGGGUGGACUUGCUGUGAUUUGUGUAGGUCGUGACUGCUAUGGCCACUGCAGUGCCUUAGCGGCAUGGCGCCAACAGGCAGCCAACUGGGGUUGCAAUUAUAUAGUGGAGGCCCAAGAAGGCUGUCAGGGUAUCCAUCAAAAUGGUGAUAAGAGCGGUUCCAGGAGCUAUGGGGGGGCAGAUUCAAACAGUGAAAACUUUAGUCCCAUCGGCUGCUUGAGAAGAGGACACGCCAGCAGAGCUGUGCAAUACCAUCUGCUGAUUCUCAUAAAGUAUGGGUUAUUGGGAAAUUUGCUGUUACAAAAAGCUUAA